UGAGGGCAGAGAGGAGUGGGACGUUGGUUGAGGGGAGAGAGGACUGGGACGUUGGUUGAGGGCAGAGAGGAGUGGGACGUUGGUUGAGGGGAGAGAGGAGUGGGACGUUGGUUGAGGGGAGAGAGGAGUGGGACGUUGGUUGAGGGGAGAGAGGAGCGGGACGUUGUUUGAGGGCAGAGAGGAAUGGGACUUUGAAUCAAGGAUACGAGGAGAGAGACAAUGGCCAAUCUCUCCAGUCUGAUGGACAGCGAGGUGCUGCGCGCGUAUGCCACCUACGCCACCAUUGUCCUACUGAAGAUGAUGAUGAUGAGCUUUGCGACUGCGUUUUACCGAAAUACCAAGCAGGUUUUCUUUAACCCCGAAGAUGCCAGGGCUGCUGCUAAGGGAGGGGACCCUAAAAAGCUACUGAAAACAGAUGAAGAUGUUGAACGAGUUCGCAGGUGCCACCUGAAUGACAUUGAGAACGUGGUACCAUUUGUUGCCAUCGGCCUGAUCUACACCCUCACCAACCCCGACUUGGCCAGCGCUUUGCUGCAUUUCCGGAUCUUUACCGGAUCAAGACUCCUACACACCGUCGCCUACUUAUUGCCCCUCCCUCAGCCCAGCCGGGGCCUGAUGUGGAUCAUAGGGUAUUUUGCCACCAUUUCCAUGGCAGUUAGCAUAUUGCGUGGGGUUCUUUACCUUUAGGGCCUGAGCCUCUGGGAUUGGAUGGGACCGAGUCUCCCCCAGCGCCAGGGGCCUGAGAUCCCUCAGCUGCUCUUUAGUCUUCAUGUGAAAUGUGAAUAAACCAUCAAAAUGGA